AUGCCGUCCUUCUGCAAAGUCGCCGUCGUACUGGGUCUUCUUGCACCAGCAUUCGCAGCUGGUGCUAUCGAACCCCGUAAACAAGACUACGAAAUCAAGCCCGUUCAUCAGACGUCGUUCUUCCCUCAUGAGCAAGAGGGCCGCCUUGGACAUCACCCCAUUAACGGUCACAAGCAUGCGAACCAUCACCACAGCUUGGAACACCGGAUCAAGAAAAUGGAACGAGAACUCGAGAGCCUCAGGCAGACCGUGUUUGAUAUGGAGCACUUCUUCGCGAGCUUUUCACACGUGGUCAGCGUUGAGGGCCACAAGCAUGGCCCCACCAUCAUCACCACAAACAUGGUCACAAGCAUGCUCAGCUGCACGACCAUGAGCAUGAAGAGGCGCACAAACCUGAUCACAAGCACGAACAUCAACACGGCAAUGCAGAUCGCGAUUUCAUAA